AUGGUCUCUUCUGCCUUCGCCGACCGCCCGCAGAAGAAGCUCGUCCUCUUCGACGUCGAUGGCACGCUGACCCCGGCGCGUCAGGGGAUCUCCCCCGAGAUGCUCGAGGUCCUGCGCGACGUGCGCAAGAAGGUCGUGAUCGGCUUCGUCGGCGGCUCCGAUCUCGUUAAGAUCACUGAGCAGCUACAGGUGCCCGGCAUCGACGUGCUCUCGGAGUGGGACUACGGCUUCGCGGAGAACGGGCUGACGGCGUACAAGCAGGGCAAGCAGCUCGCGUCGCAGUCCUUCAUCAAAUGGCUCGGCGAGGAGAAGUAUAAGCCGCUGGUGAACUUCAUCCUGCACUACCUCGCCGACCUGGAUAUCCCUAUCAAGCGUGGCACGUUCGUCGAGUUCCGCAACGGCAUGAUCAACGUUAGCCCCAUAGGACGCAAUGCUACCGUCCAGGAGCGUCACGACUUUGAGAAGUACGACAAGGAACACGGCGUCCGCGCCGCUUUCGUUAAUGCCCUCCGAGAGAAGUUUGCCGACCUCUCCCUCACCUUCUCCAUCGGCGGCCAGAUCUCUUUCGACGUGUUCCCGACCGGGUGGGACAAGACGUACGCCUUGAGGCACGUCGAGGACGAGCAGUUUGAGGAGAUUCACUUCUUCGGGGACAAGACUUACAAGGGCGGCAACGACCACGAAAUUUACGAAGAUCCGCGCACCAUCGGGCACAGCGUGACGAGCCCGGCGGACACGAUCCGCAUACUGAAGGAGUUGUUUCUGCAGUGA